GAGCAUGCAGAAUUCAGAGGGUGGAUCCGAUUCGCCAGCUUCUGUGACUCUGUGUCCGUCAGCGGCAGCCCAGGCCCCCGCGGCCCCGCCGGUACCAGCCUCCCCGCAGAGGGUGUUGGUCCAGGCAGCGGGCUCGGCUCCCAAAGGGGCCCAGAUGCAGCCAAUCUCUCUCCCCAGGGUCCAGCAGGUGCCACAGCAGGUGCAGCACGUGUACCCCCCGCAGGUGCAGUACGUGGAAGGCGGAGACGCCGUCUACACGAAUGGAGCCUUACGGACUGCCUAUGCCUACAACCCCGAGCCUCAGAUGUACGCCCCCAGCAGCGCAGCUUCUUACUUCGAGGCCCCGGGCGGCGCCCAGGUGACCGUGGCAGGCUCCUCCCCGCCAACGGUCCCCUCGCACAGCAUGGUGGGCAUCACCAUGGAUGUCGGGGGGAGCCCUAUUGUCUCCAGCGCGGGAGCCUAUCUCAUCCACGGGGGGAUGGACAGCACCAGACACUCCCUGGCCCACACCUCCCGCUCAUCGCCAGCCACGGUAUGUACGAGGCUCUCGGGGGCAGCAGGGUAGACCCUGAAUAGACCCUCCUCAGCAGCAGGGAUGCUGAGUGGAAGGCAGCCUGGGGUGCUGGAGCCGGAGCCCUGCCACCUGGAAGGGCGUGUGAUCCGAGGCAAGUGUCCACCCCUGGGAACCAGAUACUCUGUGGUAGACAGAGAGGGCAGAAGGCCCCUCCUGGGCUGCUGUGGAAAUGGCGUCUGAGCCCAGCAUCACCGUGCUGGGGGGGUAC